AUGGCGGCGCCGGCGGGGCGAUGCACGUCCCCCGACCCGGGGAGGUCGGUCCUGCGUGUUCUCACCCCAUCCCUCUGCAGCAGCGACUGCAGGCGGUGGCCUUUGGCUGAGCCAAGCGCCCAAGUGAAGGCAUGCAGGCAUUUUCACACAAUGAACCAUAUGGGAGUCAAUGAAAAAGGUGUCGACGUGCAGCGCGGCCUGGCCCUGUGGAUGCUGAUUGAUAAAGCUGGCAGAUGGCCGUGCACUGCUGGAGUGACAGUUGUGAAUAACAGCACGCAGCUGGGGCAGCGUCUUUCUUACCAGCUGCAUCAAACACAGGGAAUGAAAACAAUUUUAAUGAAGCCUUGUCCCAUUAAAAUCUCGGGGAGCGAGCAGCCCGCGGUGGCCGGGCUGGAGCGAUCCUGCCGGCUCCUUCCCACCGUCCUGCCGGGGGUGCGAGCCCAGCAGAACGGGCCUCUCAUCUCCUCGCUGGCCUCCAUCUGCCCUCAGGAGGGGCUUGGAGAGUGUUCCGAGAGCAGUUUUACAGCUGAUAAAGUUUCUACCAGCAGGAGACUUUCCAUCGACAUCCAGUGGUACAGCCCAGGGUGGUCUGUGACUAAGCUGGAAAUGCGUGAAAUGCUGGAUAUUGGAUGGUUACUGCACGUGAAUGAAAUUUAUACCGAGAAGCUGGCUGAUAUGUACAGUACAAAUAAUCUAAUGUUUCUUCCAGGCCAGAUUCUUCACCUUUACUUCCAGCGAGCAGAGAGCGAGGAAGAGGAUGACAAUGAAAUGGAAGUUGAAGAUCAAGAUAGUAAAGAAGCUGAAAAGCCAAACAUCAUUAAUUUUGACACCAGUUUGCCAACAUCACAUGUGUAUUUAGGUUCUGAUAUGGAAGAGUUUCAUGGAAGAACGGUACAUGAUGAUGACAGCUGUCAGGUGAUUCCAGUGUUGCCCCACGUGAUGGUGAUGUUGAUUCCUGGACAGACGUUACCUCUUCAGCUUUUUCGCCCUCAAGAGGUUAGCAUGGUGCGGAAUUUAAUUCAGAAAGACAGAACGUUUGCUGUUCUUGCAUACAGUAAUGUACGUGAAAGGGAAGCACAUUUUGGAACAACAGCAGAAAUAUAUGCCUACAGAGAAGAGCAGGAAUAUGGAAUUGAAACAGUCAAAGUGAAAGCAAUAGGAAGACAGAGGUUCAAGGUGCUUGAAAUAAGAACUCAGUCAGAUGGAAUCCAGCAGGCUAAAGUACAAAUCCUUCCUGAGCGAGUGCUGCCUUCAACAAUGUCAGCAGUACAGCUGCAGUCUCUCAGCCGAUGCCAUAUAUUUCCUUCUUCAAAACCUACAGCGUGGCAGGACCGAGCUAUACAUCAAUGGUGGCAGAAAUAUCAAAAGAGGAAGUUCCACUGUGCAAGUUUGACAUCUUGGCCUCCCUGGCUCUACUCUUUAUAUGAUGCUGAAACCUUGAUGGAAAGAGUCAAGAGGCAGCUACAUGAAUGGGAUGAAAAUCUUAAAGAUGAAUCUCUUCCAACAAACCCAAUAGAUUUUUCUUACAGAGUCGCUGCUUGCCUGCCAAUUGAUGAUGCAUUGCGUAUACAGUUGCUUAAAAUAGGUAGUGCUGUUCAGCGACUCCGGUGUGAAUUAGAUAUUAUGAACAAAUGUACAUCUCUUUGUUGUAAGCAAUGCCAAGAUACAGAAAUAACUACCAAGAAUGAAAUAUUCAGUUUAUCCUUAUGUGGACCCAUGGCAGCAUAUGUGAAUCCUCAUGGGUACAUCCAUGAAACCCUUACUGUAUAUAAAGCCUGCAACUUGAAUCUCAGUGGACGACCAUCGACAGAGCACAGCUGGUUUCCUGGGUAUGCCUGGACUAUAGCCCAGUGCAGAAUCUGUGGGAACCAUAUGGGAUGGAAGUUCACAGCUACCAAAAAGGAUAUGUCACCUCAGAAAUUCUGGGGACUGACACGGUCUGCUCUCCUGCCUCGGAUUCCAGAAACAGAGGAAGACUCGGGCCAUGAUAGAUCACCGUUACUCUGCCUGUAAUCUAGUAACCUGCUCUGGAGGUGAACUGGCAGUAGUCUGUCUCCUUAAAUGCAUCUGCUCAGUUCUGCUUCUGAUGCUUACUUAAACUUAAAAAACCCAAGAACCCACACCCACACACAAAAACCAACCGAACAAGCAGGCUCACUACGUUCGGGUUCGGUGUGUAUCCACAUUACUGUUGUUUCAGACACACUGAGAACUGCAGGUUGAAUCCUUCAGAUGACAGCGGGGGAGAGGAGGUGGCAUGAGAGACCAAGAAAUCGAUCUGAGCGCUCUGGACAGACUUGACUGAACUUUCUCCUUCCUUGUAUAAUUUCAGAAAAUGUUUACUGCUAUCAACUUGCAGUGAAAGAAGGUGGGGGGAAACUAAAAUGACAAAUAAACAGAGUAUAAUUUAUGCAAUAUAUGUACAAUGGUAGAUACCAGUUACUUGCUGCGGAAUAUUUUCCAUAAUAUACUUAAAAGUGUUUUUGCUGAGAAUCCCUGUUCCUAACUACGUGGAAUACUUCGAAUUUUAUGCUCGUGCUGUUUCUCAGAUAUUUGCUGAACAACCAUCACGGAGAGUUACAAGACCGAAGUUCUCUCCUGGCUGGGACUGUGCCGGUCGUGUCGGUGGCAGUGCUGCAACUGGCAGAAGCAAGAGCUGCCCGCAGCCCGAAGAGCCGCGUUACAGGCUGCCCUUUGGAAGGAACCCCUGUGAAGGCUUCGGUCCUUAGACCUUGUCUGGUAUAUUUAGAACCUUUGACUUUAGAAGUCUUAAAUUUUAAACUAUUUAUACAAAAUAUCCAUCAAAUAGAUUGUCACUUACUGUCAAAUGUGCUUAUAUUUACUUUUCAAAAUUAUUUCUGUGAAGAUUAGUUUCCCAGCAUACAUGUCCAGGGUUCUGUGAAGUACUGUCUAAAAUACCUAACUAUGGAGAUUUUUCAGUAGUACGUAUUUGGACAAGGGAGAGGCAACAUCUCUUUAAUUUUUUAUUUUUCUUUUACGCUUUCAUAUCAUAAAGUAAAAUUUCACAUUAUCACCCUUACCAUACAAACAGCAAAAGUUUCCAAAUAAAAGGCAG